AUGGAGAGGGGCAACCACACUGUGUCUGAGUUCAUCCUCUUGGGAUUCACCUCACACCCUGUCAAGCAGCUGGUCCUGUUUGUGAUGUUUUUCAUUAUGUACACACUGACUGUGUUAGGAAACAGCAUGCUCAUCGUGUUGAUAUGCAAUGACUCCAGGCUCCACACACCCAUGUAUUUCUUCAUUGGAAAUCUAUCGUUUCUGGAUCUCUGGUUGUCCACUGUCUACACUCCAAAGAUCCUAGUGAUAUGUAUCUCUGAAGACAAGAGCAUCUCCUUUGCUGGCUGUGUGGCUCAGUUCUUCUUCUCUGCUGGACUAGACUAUAGUGAGUGUUACCUGCUGGCUGCCAUGGCUUAUGACCGCUAUGUGGCCAUCUCAAAGCCACUGCUUUAUUCUCAGACCAUGUCCACAAAACUAUGUGCAUUUUUUGUAGCAGCCUCUUAUAUGGGUGGCUUUAUUAACUCUUCCAUCAUAACCAAGAAAACUUUUACCUUUGACUUCUGUAACGACAACAUUAUUGAUGACUUUUUCUGUGACUUGCUUCCCUUGGUAAAGCUGGCUUGUGGUGGGAAGGAAGGAUACCAGGCACUGAUGUACUUCCUCCUGACCUCUAAUGUCAUGGUACCCAUUGCCCUAAUCCUGGCCUCUUAUCUCUUCAUCAUCGCCACUAUCCUGAGAAUUCGAUCCACCCAGGGCCGCCUCAAGGCCUUCUCCACCUGCUCCUCCCACCUCAUCUCUGUGACCUUGUACUAUGGCUCCAUUCUUUAUACCUAUUCUCGGCCCCGCACCAGCUAUUCCUUAGAUACAGACAAAAUUGUCUCCACCUUUUACACAGUGGUUUUCCCCAUGUUUGAAUCCCUUGAUCUACAGCCUGAGGAAUAA